AUGGCGUCGACCAGAGUGUGCUGCCUGCGGAAACAGCGCAUCGUCGUCCGAGUCCUGGGGCAGGCAGCACAGGUGGAGCCCCGUUCACGAGUCGGAAGUGCGAAGCAGUUGGAUGUAGCUCAGGAGGCUCUCGAUCUCCACUUGAAUAUCGCCGACGAGCUCGUCCGGCGUGGCCAGCACCGUCCUGUAGUGCGUCGCCACUGGGCCGAAGAAGAAGUCGACCAGCGGCGGUGCCUUGGCUCGCGUACAGGCCCAGUCGAGGUGAAUUUGCCAAGCAGGUGCUGUCACGCCGCCAAGGCGAAUGGUGAUCUGCCCUUCGCCCCGAAUCUUCUCGAGCUCCACGCCCGUGGCUGCAAUUGCGUUGAGAACACUUCGGGGAGGGUUGACUCGCAACGGGGUCUCAGGGCGUUUCUUGCUUGGUCUCAACUUUAUUUGCCACCGAUGGGAAAGGUGUCGAAGCUGCGGCUUGACGUCGGAAUCUUCUUGGCGGGGGCCUUCUCCUUACCUUUCUUCGCCAUCUUCGUCUAA